ACAUUUAAAACAUCUCUCAUUUUGUCUAUGGUCCGCGUCUUUCUCGCAACGAACUUGCGUUGCGAGAGAAACCUUUCAUAAAGUUUUUGGGUCAUUUUGAUCCUUUUUAAUGGCUGCGGUAUUACGCGGUUGAAUGUGAAAUUGGGUUCAAAUAUGAGUGAUUAUUCUUCUAUGGCUACGCUUCAAAACAAUAGCCAAACGGCGGGAUUUGCGGCUGCUGUACAACGUGCUAGAUUGGUUGCUGCUAAGCUCGAAGGAGGUGGAAGCAAGAGGCCAUUGGAGGAGGGUCCAGAACCGAAUGCGAAGAAAUUAGCUUCAGUUGAAGUACCAUAUCAACAACAACAACCACCAAUGAGUGAUAUGUUCAGUGCACCAACCGCCGCCCCGGCCGCGAGCCGGUCGGCGCCGGCCGCCGCGGCCGCCCCGCCGCCGCCCCCCAGCGCUCCGGCCAGUCUCAUGCCGGAUCAGACGCUCAACGAGUACAUACGGGUCCCCGAUAAGAUGGUUGGGCUUAUUAUCGGGCGCGGAGGUGAGCAGAUCACGCGCUUACAAGCCGAGUCUGGCUGCAAGAUACAAAUGGCCCCCGACUCCGGCGGUCAGCCCGACAGGCUGUGCACCCUCACCGGAUCUAGGGAGGCUAUACAGAGAGCCAAGGAGCUCGUGAACCAAAUAGUAAACCACCGCGGGCGAGAGAAUGCGCCGCAGCAUCCCGAGGGGCAGGGCUCCGGCGGCGGCGGCGGCAUGCCCCCCAUGCCUCGAGGCGGUGGCGGAGCGCUCGCUGAUGAAAUAAUGCUGCCAGGGCCUAAAGUGGGGCUCAUCAUUGGCAAGAAUGGCAAAACUAUUAAACAGCUCCAAGAGCAGUCGGGAGCCAAAAUGGUGGUCAUUCAGGAAGGACCUAACACAGAAUAUGAGAAGCCGCUCCGCAUAUCAGGCGACCCAGCCAAGGUUGAGCACGCCAAACAGCUGGUGUACGAGCUGCUGGCCGACAAGGACAUGCAGCAGGGUGGAGGCCAGCGACAGCCGCAGUACGACGACUCGUACCCGGGACACGACCAGGGCAACGGACUCGCUACUAAUGCCACUGAGGUCCUAGUACCGAAAGUAGCGGUAGGCAUCGUCAUCGGACGCGGCGGCGACAUGAUUAAGAAAAUCCAAGCGGAGACAGGGUGCAGGGUUCAGUUCCACCAGGAACGAGACGAUGGACCCGGAGACAAAAGAUGUUACCUACAAGGCAAGCCGCAUCAAGUUGACCAAGCCAGACAAAUGAUUGAAGAUCUCAUCUCUAGUGUAAAUAGGCGCGAACAAGAGGUGCGGUCAGGUCGCGGUCGCGGCGGCUCCACGCAGCGCAACGGCGAGCGCGGCGCCGGCGACUACUCGCAGUGGCAGGACUCGCACGACAUCCGCGUCACCUUCACCGUCUCCAACGUCAAGUGCGGCCUCAUCAUCGGCAGGGGUGGUGAAGUAAUUAAACAAAUAAACGCGGCAUCGGGUGCUCACUGCGAGCUGGACCGCCGCGCGCAGGGCUCCGACCGCAACAACCGCACCUUCUACAUACGCGGACAUCCCGACGCCGUCGAACACUGCAAGAGGAUCAUUAUGGAGAAAGUCGGCAUGCCGGUAAACUUCAUCCAAGAGGGCGGUAACGGCGGUAAUGGCGGCAACGGUAACGGUAACGGCGUGGGCGGCGCGGGCGGCGAGUACUACGGCGGCGGCGCGGCCGGCCCGCCCGCCUGGGGCUACAACCCGCACUGGCACCAGCCCGCGCAGCCGCAGGCGCCACAGCAACAAGUGCAAAUAAACCCGGCGACCGGUCAGCCGGACUACUCGCAGCAAUGGAUCGACUACUACCGCUCGCUCGGCCUGAUGCGCGAGGCCGAGGCCAUUGAGCAGCAAGCCAAGCAGCAGCAGCAAGGUAUGGAUGGUGGUGGCGGCGGCGGCGGCACCCCGCCGGCGAGCUCCGGGCCGGCGGCAGGCCCGGGCACCGCCCCCGCGCCCCCGGCGGGCGGCUCGCAGCCCGACUACAGCGCGCAGUGGGCCGAGUACUACCGCAGCAUCGGCAAGCUCAAGGAGGCCGAGGCUAUUGAGGCGCAGAUCAAACUUAAGUCAAGCGGCGGCGGGUCUGGCGGCUCUGGCGGCGGCAGCUCGACGCCGGGCGCGGGCGCGGCGGGGGCGGGCGCGGGCUCGCAGUACGCGCAGUACGGCGUGUACGCGCCGCAGGUGUACCCCGGCUACCAGCCCUACCCCUACCCCGCGCAGCCCAACAGCGACCACCACCAGCAAUAGGCCAGCGCCGACGGAGGGCCAGGAGAGCUGCCGCCGCCUGACACCCCCGUUGUACAUUCUAACGAAAUAGUUUAUUACUCGGAAAAUGAACGCAUCAUACAACUUCUGCAGCGCCUAGCUACUGAUGACCCACAAUAAAUAACUCAGCCGGCGGGGUUUAGAUCUGAGUCAACCUCUAGUGCACCCAGCCCUCAAUUCAGAUAUUAUAACCAUGAUUCGAUCUGAUUUAUUUUUACCACUUUAAUUGUUAUUUAUUACUGUAAAUAAAUGGAAAGACUCGGCACGAUGUUGACGUCACUCACAUCUAAAUUCACGUAAUCAUGAACAAACAUACUUAGGCACAUAUCACAUAUUUAUUUCUUGUGGGUAACUAACACUUGAAUAUUGUCAACAUAACGUUCAGUUGGCGCCAAAUGACUUUUGGUCUCUGAACUUAUCCAUUUGACUAUAAGCGCAUUUGUUUGUACAGAACUUUAUAGAAGCAUUGUCCGAACUAAAACUUAGAACAAAACGCAUAUGCGUGGAGCGUCAAAUGGCUAAUUUCAGGAACGCAACGUUAUUUAGCGCGAGCUCUAUUAAUGAUUCUGAUUGAUGAGAUUAUUUUUAUGAUCAUUUUAUUAUUUAAAAACUUACGAACGGCUGUGUGGUUUAUUCUUUUAACUGUGUUAUAUCAUGUCUUAUUUAUACUGAAAUGUUAUGAUUGUUUAUGUGCCAAUAUUGAUCAUUUGACAUGCCAGUCUGUCCAGGUAUAAGUUAGAAAGCCACACUGCCUUAAAAGAUGUAACAGAAUGAUCCGACCUACCACGGAGCUAUAGAGAGAAUGAACGCAAAGCGGACUACACGCCGCGAGGAGUCGAGGUAAAUGCACUGUGCUGAGUGACUAGUUGACACGCAUACUGUCCUAUGAACACAUGUGUAAUCCACGUGAAUUUGGAGAUCGCACUUUUAUUUUUCCAAUAUGAAUCAGUUAGCAAUCAUGAGAGAACUCCCAAUUCAUGUACGAACUAUGUUUAGCAUAAGUUAGGUUAUAGAGUUUGGCGCCACAUCUCUCUUGACAGCUCGUAGGUUGCGCUGGUAUCAGAUGUACGGUUAUAAAGCCUCGGUUUAAUUACGUGUUAGUCUAUGUGAGAAAUUAAUGAGAAAAAGGUAAUGUAAUACUAUCUACAUUCCUAUCGACACUGUUCAAUUAUGGUUCGACGCGGUAAUGACGCUCGACACGGCACCGAGGGCGCGAGCCCCCCCUUCAGACUUGUAUUAAUUUUUAAGCAUAUAAAGUGUAUAUUGAUUCACUA